UCCAAAUAUACAAUGAGCGAAAAUCAGCCUUUUCUCCCCACUUGAAAAAACACCGCGAAUUCUACUGAAACACCAAUUCAGAUAGAUAGAGAGAGAAGAAGCAGUCGAUGGAGAACGAAGGCUCAGCGGCGGCGGGAAAAUGGCGAUUCGCGGGGAACGAGCGGCUCACUCUUGCCGGAGCUGUGACCGUUAGAGGCGUGCUCGACACUAUCAAGGGAAAUCUCAACGGAAACGACGCCAGGCCUGUUAUUCCGCUCGGCCACGGCGAUCCAUCCGACUUCCCCUCCUUCCGCACCUCCUCUUUCGCGGAGGACGCCGUCCGCGCCGCUGUUAGCUCCGCUAAGUUCAACGGCUACUCCUCCACCAUCGGUAUCCCCGCCGCUCGGAGCGCUGUAGCAGAGCACCUUUCUAAAGACCUUCCUUACAAGUUAUCACCUGAUGAUGUUUUCCUGACCAUUGGAUGCACUCAAGCAUUAGAAGCAAUUGUAACUGUCCUUGCUCGUCCCGGUGCUAAUCUUCUGCUUCCAAGUCCCGGAUUUCCAUACUACGAAGCCAGGGCUGGCUUCUCUGGUCUUGAAGUCCGCCACUUUGAUCUUAUCCCCGAACAAGAUUGGGAAGUGGAUUUGGCUUCGGUUGAAGCUCUUGCUGAUGAAAAUACAGUGGCAAUGGUUAUUAUAAAUCCUGGCAAUCCCUGUGGAAAUGUUUUCAAGUAUGAACACUUGAAAAAGGUCGUGGAGACAGCUAGAAAGCUUGGAAUCUUAGUGAUUUCGGAUGAAGUGUAUGACCAUCUUACUUUUGGUAGCAACCCUUUUGUCCCAAUGGGAAUCUUUGCAUCAAUUACCCCAAUCAUCACUGUUGGAUCGAUAUCUAAGAGAUGGAUUGUCCCUGGUUGGAGACUUGGCUGGAUUGUCACAAACGACCCCGAUGGCAUCCUUACUAAGCAAGGGAUUGUUGACAGCAUCAAAGGUUUCCUGAAUAUUUCCUCUGAUCCAGCGACCUUUAUGCAGGGGGCAGUUCCACAGAUCCUUGAGAACACCCCGCCCGACUUCUUUCAGAAAAUUGUUAGUACGCUGAAAGAAACUGCAGACAUAUGCUAUGAACGCAGCAAAGAAAUUCCCUGCAUAACUUGCCCGAGCAAACCUGAAGGAUCCAUGUUUGUUAUGAUGAAGCUCAAUCUGUCUCUCCUCGAAGGCAUCAACGAUGACUUGGACUUCUGCUGCAAGCUCGCGAAAGAGGAAUCCGUGAUAGUCCUCCCAGGUUUUGCUGUAGGGCGCAGGAACUGGUUGCGCGUUACAUUCGCCAUUGAACCAUCAUCUCUCGAUGAUGGCUUUCUCAGAAUCAAAGCUUUCUGUCAAAGGCACGCCAAGAAACCAUGAGACGAGACGUCGUGUUUCAGUCUCGUAUUUCGAUGAUGGCUUGUUUGGACAUCGAAGGAUCAAUAAUGUGUCGUGUUUCAAUCUCGUAUUUCUAUGAUUGUCUGUUUAGACAUUGAAAAGAUCAAUAAUAUGGGUUGUGUAGUGUUCAAAAGUUUGAACACGAACAUUUAAUAAUGGUUACAAUGUCGAAAUUUCUGCUUUUUGGAA